GAACUGCGGGUGGUCCACAUCUAUGGUAUCAUCAACUACGGGGGCCAGUGUUAUCGCCGGUUGGAGUACUCCACGAACUGCAAAUACGCCCUUGGAGGCCUGCAGCCCGCUUUUCAGAAUCGCCCAUCUCCCUGGCCGGAAUGGGGACGUCACCAGGCCGGGAUCCUCCCAAGGGCAAAGGCGAGGACGGCCGGGAGCCGCUGGACGACGAUGCCCAGUGGUCAGACGGCGACGUCAGUGAGGAGGAGGACGACGAAGGUGAGCGCACCGUCUGGGAACGAGCGCAGCGUGAGGGCGAGCAGCUCUCCCGGCACCAGCGGAUGUCCUUGAUGACGAAGAAGAUCGUGAGAAUGACGAUGCUGCUGUGCUUGCCCGUACUGGCUUCGAAGGUUCUCAGUGUUGUUUCACUGCCAAACACUCGCCUCUCUCCUUCAGUGGAGUCCUACGUGUGGAUUCAGGGUCUGGAGGGUCCACGUUUCCGGGCUUACAGCAGCUGGCUAGAAGAUUGGGUUCAGGGCGAAAGAUUCGUACUGAUGGAAGUGCAGACCAUCGGCCUACCAACUGCAUGGACUCCGGUUGACAGCAUCCGUUCGUCCAGACAUCAGGGCCUGCUUCCCGAAGCCUUGCUCAAGAGUUAUCGCUUCUACCAGACCAAUUCCUGGCCACACCGGGUGAUUCACGGAUACAAGGCUUCCCUCCGUCGUGUGUCAACGGAGGUCUUGGACUACAACUUGGGCAUUGAGCAGACGACCUCAAUGGACAUGGAUUCCCCGUACAUUGUCAGCUUCAUGCGCGCGAGCAAGCAGGCAAUGUCGAUAAGUUUCAAGAUUUUGGAUUACAAUGGCGACACGGUCGUGUCCGACACCACUGUGCAGCUAGAAGACUUGAGUACGUCGGUGCCAAGCUCAUGCACAUGUACAUCGCCGACGAUUCCUCAAGAGGUGGAGUCCAAGUAUGGUCAAAGCUAUGGGACUUCGUGUCAGGCGUGGGAUAACGCCAACUGUGGCCAGUUGUGGGGUGACUUGUCGGUGGGCUCCUGGUGCUGUAGACCUUGGUGUUAUGCGUCGCAGGACUGUCCAGAUGCAUACCGAAGUGAGGCGAUCCCAGGUCAGUACUUCAGUUAUGCGGCCUGUGACACUGUGAGCCCAGCCUCACCUUGCACGUGGACAUCUGUGGCCGAGCAAAAUGAUCCGUGCAAGUGCAAGAACUCCGCGAGUGUGUUCAGCACUGCAAUGAAUGCCACAUUUACAAGCGACUACGGAGCCACCUGCGGCACGUGGGACAUGCAAAACUGUGACAUCAACUACCGGCCAGACCAGGUAGACACCUGGUGCUGCAAAAGCUGGUGCUACGUGGACAAGGAAUGUUCCACCGCAAAGCAGUCCCUGAAUCCUGGCAUGGAGGGUCUCUUAUUCUGGUCCGACAACGUUUGCCCAGACGAUCCUCUCCUGGUUUCACAGUGCCCCUACAAGCCGAAACCGAACAUCACGGCAGGGAGCACUGCCUGCGCUUGCCUGGACGUGUCGAUGCCUACCUAUGACCUUUUGAAGGCUGGCCUGGACUCGACCUACUCAGACUACGGUCGACAGUGUGCGCCUCACGAUGCGACCAUCUGCGAGACUACGUACCCAAAUGCUGCGCAUGACAUGUGGUGCUGCAUGUCGUGGUGUUGGGUUGACUCGAGCUGUCCACAUGCACGAGCAUCAACACAGUGGCCCGGGAAGUUCUUCAGCACCGCGGGCUGCGAGAUGGACGCGGACGUGGUCUCGAGCUGCAAAUACUCACGCGUUUGCGAGUGCCGUGGCUCGCUGCCAGCCGGGACGCUGCCUGCGGGAUUCUCCAGCUCCUACGGCUCCUCAUGCAGUGCGUGGGAUGCCACUGGCUGCAAGGCGACAUGGAGCGCUGAUUCGGACUCGCAGUGGCAUACGCAAUCUGAUCACGAGUGGUGCUGUGAUGCAUGGUGCUACGUCGACAAUGCUUGCCCUAUCGCCAAAUUGUCCUGGCUUGGCACUGGAUACUAUUUCAGCUACGAGACAUGUGAUGACCCAUCCACGAACUAUGACGAGCCAUCCGACUCGUGCAUUUCGACCCGGAGGCGUGCUCUCAGAAGGCUGGGUCAGAUGAUUGAGGAAUCUCUCGAUGAGGUGGACCCAGAUGAGUCUGAGGAGCGGCGACUCUCAGCCAGAAGACGCAUCGGUGAAAGUGCCCGCCGGCGAAGGACUGCCACCUCGACUGCCCGUCGGCGACGCUCUCCACCUGCGCCUCCCACUACUGCGAGAAGGCGAGCUCCUUCGAAACCUUCUGCGGCCAGCCGUCGUCGCAGAGCUACCCCGACAACGCCACGGCGACGAGCAGUUCGCCGCAGAACGCCUCCUCCGACACCACCUGUCGUAUCAAACAGCCGUCGUCGCAGCACUGGCAUCGGCGGGACGCACACGAUGACUCCCCGCCGCAGACGUGCACCGACUACCACUCUCAGUCCACGGCGGCGUGCCACUCCGUCACCAACAACCACUCCGUCUCCUUCGCCGACUGUCAGUCCGCGGCGCCGUGCCACAACCACCACCCCGUCCCCGUCGCCGACUGUCAGUCCACGGCGUCGUGCCGCAACCACCACUCCGUCCCCGUCGCCUACUGUCAGUCCACGGCGUCGUGCCGCAACCCCAACUCCGUCCCCGUCGCCCUCGCCGUCGCCGUCGCCUCCGACAACAAGGCGAAGGCGAAGUACGCCGUACGGCUACAACAGCAAGAACGACAUGAUGAACAACCAUGGUGGGACCAUGCCUCAUCAGACCAACUACGGUUACUCUGGCUCGGAUGCUGUCUCAGCCAAUUCGAACACUAAUGUCGCCAUUUAUGCGGCAGGAGCAGCGGUUGCUGCAGCUGUGGUUGGCGCUGGGGCUGCAUAUGCCUAUAACAGCAUGUACGGAGAUGCAUAUAGCGACCACCGCCGCCGCCGAGCAAACUCGUUCGAAACGCCAGACCUUUGCACCGUCACCGCCGCUGGAAGUCGAAACGGCGACUUCAUGGAAUGCCAGAAGUGCUACGACCACUACGGCAUUUCCAGCUGUCCCUCUGCAAGUUCCUGCAACACUCCUACGGGGUGCAGCUACACGACUCCCCAAAGCUUGAGCCGGGAUGACCUGGCAGCCACAGGUUUCGUACCAGAAGGCUAUACCUUCCCGCUCCGCGUCAUCUUCACCAGCGUCACUGGUGCAGGAAUCGUCACUGACCCGCUGUCAGGCGGCCUAUGCCCACCUACGACUGCAGCGGAAGCCGAAUAUGUUGAGAGAUUCAACAAAACCAUGUCCUUCAAGCCCGAGCUGUUCUUGGUCCUGACCAAGCAGAGUGCAUUACGGCAAGCCGAGCCAUGUGAGAGAGACACGCUAACGACUUGCUCAUUCUACUCUUGCUCGCCGGAAAGAUCGGUUUGCGAGAAUGAACUUUGCCUUUGUGAUUUAGGCUACUGCUGGAAUGGCUACGAAUGCUUGGCGCAGGGUGUGGCAAGUGCGGCAUCUAACCAGGCAUUUAAUUUCCUGAUCUUCCUGCCUCUUCUGUUGCGACGUGUGUUACAUCUUUGA